AUGGGGUUUGGGGGGCCGUGGGGCUGCCCACCCAGGGGGGUGUCGGAGCACCCCCCGGGCGCUGCAGAGGAGCCCGAGGGCUCGGGGGGCGCGGUGCCCGAUGAGGAGGGGUCUGCGGGCGGGGGUCCCGAGGCGGGGGGCCCCGAGGAGCCCGAGGUUUAUUAUUUCCUGGAGGAGAGCACGGGCUACAUGGGCCCGGCCCUGCGGGGGCUGGCGCUGGCCCACACCCUGGUGGCCUUCCUGUGCAUCAUCGGCUACAACUGCCUCAAGAUCCCCCUGGUGAUUUUCAAGCGGGAGAAGGAGGUGGCGCGGCGCCUCGAGUUCUCGGGGCUCUACAUCACCGAGCAGCCGCCCGACGAUGACGUCAAGGGACAGUGGGACCGGCUGGUGCUCAACGCCCAAUCCUUCCCCAGCAAUUACUGGGACAAGUUCAUCAAGAGAAAGGUGAUGGAGAAGUACGGGGACAUCUACGGGCGGGAGAGGAUCGCGGAGCUGCUGGGGAUGGACCUGGCCAGCCUGGAGAUCGGGGCGCAGGGCGAGCGCAGGGCCCCCCCCGACAGCUCCCUGCUCACCUGGAUCACAUCCAUCGACAUCCGCUACCAGAUCUGGAAAUUCGGGGUGAUUUUCACCGAUAACUCCUUCCUGUACCUCACCUGGUACAUGGCCAUGUCGCUGCUGGGCCACUACAACAACUUCUUCUUCGCCUCUCACCUGCUGGACAUCGCCAUGGGCGUCAAGACGCUGCGCACCAUCCUGUCCUCCGUCACCCACAACGGCAAGCAGCUGGUGAUGACGGUGGGGCUGCUGGCCGUGGUGGUCUACCUGUACACCGUGGUGGCCUUCAACUUCUUCCGCAAGUUCUACAACAAGAGCGAGGAUGAGGAUGAGCCCGACAUGAAGUGUGACGACAUGAUGACGUGUUACCUGUUCCACAUGUACGUGGGGGUCCGGGCCGGGGGCGGCAUCGGGGAUGAGAUCGAGGAUCCGGCGGGGGAUGAUUACGAGCUGUACCGAGUCGUCUUCGACAUCACCUUCUUCUUCUUCGUCAUCGUCAUCCUCCUCGCCAUCAUCCAGGGUCUGAUCAUCGACGCCUUCGGGGAGCUGCGGGACCAGCAGGAGCAGGUGAAGGAGGACAUGGAGACGAAAUGUUUCAUCUGCGGCAUCGGGAGCGAUUAUUUCGACACGACGCCCCACGGCUUCGAGACCCACACGCUGGAGGAGCACAACCUGGCCAACUACAUGUUUUUCCUGAUGUAUUUGAUCAACAAGGACGAGACGGAGCACACGGGGCAGGAAUCUUACGUGUGGAAGAUGUACCAGGAGCGCUGCUGGGAUUUCUUCCCGGCCGGUGACUGCUUCCGCAAGCAAUACGAGGAUCAGCUGGGGUGACCCCUCCCCAAAACCCCCUCCCCAAAACCCCAAAAGUGCCUUUUGUUUCCUCCCCCCUCCCAAUAAACGCUGCUGAGUGUCACUGGCUCGUUUCUGACCCCCUGAAACGCCCCCCAGACCACCUUUAAGUGCCUUUUUCCCCCCCUCCCCAAAUAAACGCUGCCGAGUGUCGUUGUC